AUGGGUAUAAGAACUGGUAUAGACCAAGCUGUAUUGGACAUAGCCAUUGCCCUUAGUGUACCUUCAGCCCAACAAGGGUUUGAUUACAGAUACAGAAAGCCUCAAGACUAUGGCCAUCACUUUUUCCUGACCAAGAAAGAAUUGCUCCUCACCCAGGGGUAAGAGAUACAAUGUCUCGAGCAGUUCCAUCUGAACAAGACAGACCUAAGGGAGGAUCAGAUCCUGGCUGUGCUACUCCAGCCAGGAUGGGAAGUAACUGACAUGGAUAAAGACGUCAGCUCUGCAACCAGUUCUAAAGGGAAUAAACACACAGACAUAUAUCCCGAAUCUCCCUCAGAUAAGGCCCUUCUACCAGUUUUUGCUUCCCCAGAUUAUCUAUCUCUGCAGAAAAUCUCAUUCAGGAUUCUCAAUGACCCAGACGAUAUGACGUGAGUCACAAUGAAAAGCCUUGUACACGACACAGUUCCCACUUGGAGUGACAUGACCCCCUUGAUCUUCCAGCAAGUGAAGAGUCAAGAUACACACGGCAACGUUUCCUUCUGGGAACUGGCUUAGAACACGACAUGGGAGGGGGGGUAUGGCCCCUCAUGAAAAAGGCAAGUGGUCUCAAUCCUUGAACAAAAAUACAGCCCACCGAGCCCAU